UGGGAAGUGUGCAUUCCCAAUCCCCAGAGACUGGGUCAGCUGCUCUCCGAGGGUGCAGGGCUUCCAGGGAAGCCUCUGGCAGGACAGAGGACGACUGUUUCCCCUGGAGAGGAUGGUGCCGGCAUUAACCAUGAGGAUUUGUUUCUGCUGCAGGACUCCUCACCCAUGCUCACCAGCACCCAGUGCCCMCAGGGGCUGAGCGUGGGGAAAGCAGGCAUUGGGAAGGGGAAGGCAGUGUACCACACCAGUCCAGGCUGGAAGCCUACUGUACUUUUCCUCCCCAGACUCCAAGAGACUGGCUUUUUUGGUGAAACAGGCCCUGAUCUCGGGUUUCUUUGCUGCAUGCCCGCUCACCAGUGCUGGAUUAUGUUUGUCUCCUUCUCCCUUUGCUCCAUAAUUUGGUUGAAUCGUGGUUUCAAGCUGAGGAAAAGGGGCUGCACCUAAGCUUGCCCGGGGCACCCAGACCAGGCUCCUGCGGUGCCAGCUCACACAUAAACAGUUCAGAGUGCUGAUGGGGGAGAGCUGCCUCUGAGRGCCCUCCUCUCCCACCUGGACCGUGCUUCCUCACCCUUCAGAGCCCUUCUCCCCCAGCAGAGAGGAUGGGCAGCACCGACGGCUUCCAGUACCGGGCKCUCUACCCGUACCGCAAGGAGCGCGAGGAGGACAUUGACCUGCUGCCCGGGGACACCCUGGUGGUCAGCAAGGGGGCCCUGCAAGCCUUGGGCUUCAAAGACGGAGAUGAGCAGACCCCCAACCAGAUCGGGUGGAUCCUGGGCGUCAACGAGCGCACCAAGCAGAAGGGAGACUUUCCAGGCACCUACGUGGAGUACGUGGGGCCGGUGAAAAUCGCCGUCCCUUCGCACCGGCCCCGAGUGCAGAGACCCCUGCCCGCCACACCGGGGGCCAGCGGCUGCCGGCUGCCCGAGAAUCUGGAGCAAGGGUCUCCUCUCCCGGACUUGCAGGAGCAGUUCAGCCCUCCCGAGAUUGCUCCGCCGCUCCUGGUGAAGCUGGUGGAAGCUAUCGAGAAGAAAGGGCUGGACAGCGAGAUGUUGUACAGGACAUCUGGCUCCGAACUGAGGCAGGCGCUGAGAACCGAUUGGACUCUGGGUGACCUGGAGCCCCUGGACGUGCACUCCCUGGGCGAGGCGCUGCGAGGUUACCUGCAGGACCUGCCCUCCCCCGUGGUGCCGGUGUCGGUGCACGGAGACAUCCUUCGCAUCCUGCAGGAGAUCCCCCAGCCAGAGAAUUGCCGGAAGCAGCUGCUGCUGGCCCUGGAGUCGCCUGCGGUCCCGCUCCAGAACACGCUCACCCUGCAGUUCCUGCUCCGGCAUCUGGGGAAGGUAUCGCAGCAGGCCGAGAGCAACAGCCUCCACCCUCGGGCCCUGGGAGAGAUCUUCGGCCCCCUUCUCCUCCGGCUGCCUGGCGCCAGCCCAGAGCUGAGCCCUGACUUCUCCGUGCUGUUUUUGGAGACACUUCUGCAGACGAAGGAGCUGGAGCCAGAGCAGUUGCCUCCAGCCCUGCCUCCCAAACCGCCGAAGCCAAAGCCCAGCGCAGCCAGCCUGGCCAACGGCAACAACGCGCCCUUGCAGGACGCCGAGUGGUACUGGGGGGACAUUUCUCGGGAGGAGGUGAACGAGAAGCUCCGGGACACUCCAGAUGGGACCUUCCUGGUGCGUGAUGCCUCCAGCAAGAUCCAGGGGGAAUACACACUCACGCUCAGGAAGGGAGGCAAUAACAAGCUGAUCAAGAUCUUCCACCGGGAAGGCAAGUAUGGCUUCUCGGAGCCCCUGACUUUYGGCUCAGUGGUGGAGCUCAUCACCCACUACCGGCACGAGUCACUCGCCCAGUACAAYGCCAAGCUGGACACCAGGCUGCUUUACCCCAUCUCCAAGUACCAGCAGGACCAGGUGGUGAAGGAGGACAGUGUGGAAGCUGUUGGGGAGCAGCUGAAGGUUUAUCACCAGCAGUACCAGGACAAGAGCUGGGAGUACGACCUGCUGUACGAGGAGUACACACGCACAUCCCAGGAGCUGCAGAUGAAGAGGACAGCAAUCGAGGCCUUCAACGAGACCAUCAAGAUCUUUGAGGAGCAGUGUCAGACACAGGAGAAGUGCAGCAAGGAGUACAUCGAGCGCUUCCGRAGGGAGGGCAACGAGAAGGAGGUGCAACGGAUCCUCAUGAACUCGGAGAAGCUCAAGUCUCGCAUCACAGAGAUCCACGACAGCAAGAUGAAGCUGGAGCAGGACCUGAAGAAACAAGCCUCGGAGAACCGGGAGAUCGACAAGCGCAUGAACAGCCUCAAGCCAGACCUGAUGCAGCUGCGCAAACUGCGAGACCAGUACCUGGUGUGGCUGACGCAGAAGGGUGCUCGGCAGAAGAAGAUCAACGAGUGGCUGGGUAUCAAGAACGAGACAGAGGAUCAGUACUCCAUGAUGGACGAUGAGGAGGAGCUGCCCCACCACGAGGAACGGACGUGGUAUGUGGGGAAGAUCAACCGUGUGCAGGCAGAGGAGAUGCUGUGCGGGAAACGGGACGGCACCUUCCUGAUCCGGGAGAGCAGCCAGAAGGGGUGCUACGCCUGCUCCGUGGUGGUGGACGGUGACACCAAGCACUGCGUGAUCUACAAGACAGCGACGGGCUAUGGGUUCGCCGAGCCCUACAACCUCUACGCCUCCCUCAAGGACCUGGUCUUGCACUACAAGCACACGUCCCUGGUGCAGCACAAUGACUCCCUGAAUGUCACGCUGGCUCACCCGGUCCUUUCCCAGCCACCAGCCAGAUGAGCAGCCCAUGCACAACACAACAGCUGCCUUCAGCUUCUCCCCAGGGCGCYGCUUUCUGGCUCUGGACUCUUGCACCCUGUAUAGUUGAGUCUCUGUGCUCCUGCUCCUUCAGAGCCUCUGAGAUGUCUGUGACCGUUCCUGAUGUCCCUCUUGGUCAGUAGCUGAAACCCGUGUUGGCUGAUGGGACAGAAASGCUGGGCUGUUGAUUCCCAGCGGGCUCCGGCCUCUAGGAGGUGGGAUCCAGUUGUGAUUGAAUUGCUGGGGGCAAGCAGAGCCCCCUCCCCUUCCCUGAUAAGCAGGUCAGAUCCCCUUCUUGCUGGCAGGUCGCCCCGCUACGCAUCACUGUAGAGCUUUGGUUCCYGAUCCCUCGGUGCUGUGACCGAGGGGUUCCCUGCCUGGACACGGGAGGAGGCAGAGGAGGCUCCACCCAGCGUGUGCAUCCUUCACUCUGGCUUCCCUCAGUGAYCUCGCAGGCUGUGAUGGUGUCUGGUACGAGGGGUGCUGCUCUUGCAUGCAGAGACAUUUAGGAAGGAGAGACCUCAUCCUCCACGGGGCUCCCCGGCUGAGAUCCUCGCUCCGUGCUGUGCCCAACCUCRCCACCAUUCCCUCUUGUCAUAACCACCUCUGGAGUGUUGCUGCCUGGCCAGGGAGGAUCUGGUUAGCCUGAAUCUCCCGCCUUAGCUAUGCCAGCGAAGCUGUGAAAUCCCUGUUGGUACCCGUGCUUUUCCUGGCAGGAUCUGYGGGAUGCACAGCCCGUCGUUCCCGGCCGCUUUCGGUGACUCUGCACACGUAACCCGUUGAAGCUGACUGUAGCUCUGUAAAUAUGGUUCUUUUUGUGACCGGUUGCUCCCCUGGUGCUGGUGUUUGCUGAGCCCCCGGUGCCACCCCCAGCGUGGGCAGCAGCUGCCAGGCUGCCACAGCCCCGGGCCCUGCAGCUGGAGCAGGAGAGGGCYGGAGUCCAACGCACACUACGAGCCCUACAUGGAAUGAAGGACCUCCCUGCUGCAGGAGGACACGUCUGUGGGGCCCAGGGAAUGCUGAAAUGGAUCUGCAUGAUGGGGAAUUACGUAUGCAAAGCACUUACAAUCGUGGGUACUGUAUGGGGCUGGGCAGCACUGCCCACCACAGCCGGCUGCUGCGGGCAGGGCGCUGUGUCCGAGCUCAGCGGGCCCCAGGGCAGCCCAGACAGGCCUGGAAGAGCUUUAAAAGCUGAGCUGGGAGUUGAGGCCGUGGUGGCAUUUGCUUCCCUGCCUUCUCUGGGAUGUYUGGCUGGAGGAGAGCGGUCUUGGUCCCCUUAUUGGCCAGAAUGGCUCGUUCCCCCUCCUUGGGACAGGCUGGUGGAUGCCGUGGACUUUGGCGCUCCUGUUUCACGUCGCAGCUCGGGUUCUGCCGGAUCCCUGGGGUGCUCUGCGCUCGUGCUGUGCCUGCAUCCUGUCCUUGAUGUGCCACCUGCAUCAGGGACUGCGCUGUCCCUCCCUCCCCGGCCAGCUCUGCUGCUCGCCUCGCUCUGUUCUGGUCCCAGAUCCUUCUGGAGCUUGGCUUGCUGGGAUAAACAUCCCAUUCCUGYAGCUUGUGGCAGCUCCAUGCUCAACUGUACAGCCCCCAUCCCCUUGCUCUGCUCUGCAUGCCCUCCCCAGGCACUGGGCCUGGUUUUGGGUCUGGUUUGUCAGUGUUUGGUGCUCAGGUGCAGGUUGGAGCUGUGGGGGCCCGGGACAGGCUGUGCUUGGCUUUGGGGAUCGCUGGGGAAGGCUGCCAGGGAUAAUGAAGGGAAUAGUUCAGGGCACGUGAGGGAUGAGGGUACGUGGGAGUGGGGUGGGGAGGUUGGGUCCUCACAGCUCCCUCCAGAGCCUCCUGCGAUCUGAGGAGUGGCUGGGGGAGCUGCACCAGCACUCCAGAGCUCUGUCACUGUCCCACUCUGCUGACAGGGGCACCUUUUGAACCUGGGGGGCUGCACCAACCCUCAAAAGUUUUGUCACUGUCCCACCCCGGUCACAGGGACACCUUUUCAGCCUGGGGGGCUGCACCAACACUCCAGAGCUUUGUCAGUGUCCCACCCUGAUCACAGGGGUACCUGUUCAACCUGGGGACUCUGCUGCUCCUGUCCCUGCCCUUCCAGCACAUCCCACAGCACAGGACAGGCUGCAGGGGAUGGGAUCCUCAGCCUCUCACCUCCUGGGCUCCACACUCCCCCACCAGCCCCYAGUGUGACCUUGGGGCCAGUCCUGGCAGGGGAAUCUGCCCCUGGCUCAUGCCGGGACCUGCUGAGCAUCUGGAAGAGUSUCAGCUUGAAGCUGUCACCUGUCASCACUCGCUUGGUGCUCACCUGGCUCUGCUGCCCAGGGAAAUCCCAGCUUCUCUUUAUCCCUUAUUUUUAUCCUUUUGGCUGAAUUUCUGUUGUUCUCCCCGUGCUGUCCCUUCCUGCUGCCCCGCCACACCCAGGGGGUGUCACUGUCACCCCUGUGCACUUCCAGCACUGCCUUCCCUGUCCCUGGCAGGGCUCUGCCCGCACAUUCUGUGUACGAUGGGGAGGAAGAUGCCCUUCCCCGGGGCUGCCUUUCCCUGACGGUGCUUGUUCACUCGGCUCCCCGAGCAGCAGCGGCCUUCCCCUGCUCUCCCCGGGGUGGAAUCCCAGCCCGGAGCUCCCCCAGCAUCAGCUCGUUGUGAUUUGUCCUUUGCUGCUU